AAGAAAUUCAAAUUGCUCCCUUGCUCUUAUCUCUUUAUCGUUGCAAUUUCUAUGAUGGGCAAACAAAAGCCAUCCAAGGAUACGAUGACGAAGAAGAAGCCAUUAAAAAUCACUUACAUUUCGAGCCCCGUCAUGGUGAGGGCUACAACCGCUUCCGAGUUCCGAGCCAUCGUUCAAGAGCUCACCGGGAAGGACUCCGACGUUGGGGUUUUAUCACCUCACGACGAGGAAGCUGGAACAAUCAACAGGGAACUGGGAACGACCCAGAACGUUCCCGCUGAUCAUACCGGCUUCAUGGCCAAUAAUUUUCCUGCUAACUGGCCGCGUACAGCGGAUGAUGAUCGGAAGUGCUUCUACUUGGAUAAAGCCUUUGAUUUCCCUAAAAAUCCUAUGGCUGUUCCGGGCUUCGGGUUAGAUGAAGUCUUCUCAUGGAAGGAGUUCUCCGAAGGGUUUGUCGGGUUUCAGUCUUCUCACUAUGUCUCGACGUGAUCAAGAAGGGAUUUGUUUAGAAUAGCUUCAUUCAGCAAUAUAUAUCAUAUAAGUUCAACUUGCAAAUAAUGCGUUGUUUUUCCUCGAUGAAAUGUUUUAUAUAUGAUUGGUUAAUUCUACUCGAA